CUUGGUAAUCCAGUCUGAUCGCUGAUCGUCUGGCAAAAAACAGGACCUUAAAGAAGCAAGAUAUCGACACACUCAACCCCUCUCGCCUAACUUAACACUGACAAAAUGAAAGCAAUAAGCCCCGUGCGGUCCUUCCGGAAAACCAACGCGAAUUUAUCAGAGCACUCCUUGGGAAUCUCUCGGAGCAAGACCCCGGUGGAUGACCCGCUCAGCCUGCUGUACAACAUGAACGACUGCUACUCCAAGCUGAAGGAGCUGGUGCCCAGCAUCCCCCAGAACAAGAACGUCAGCAAGAUGGAAAUCCUGCAGCAUGUCAUCGACUACAUCCUGGACCUGCAGAUUGCGCUGGACUCCAGUGUCGCACUAACCAGCCUGCAUCACCCUGCGCGGCCGGGGCAGGCUCCAUCCAGGACCCCUCUGACCACCCUCAACACAGAUAUCAGCAUCUUGUCAUUACAGUCCCCGGAGUUGCCAUCAGAGCUGAUGACAGAUGACAGCCGGACUCUGCAUCGUUAAAGCGGUGUUUGGUCAAGACGCAAAACACAUACACACACACACACACACACACACACACACACACACACACACACACACACACACACACACACACACACACACACACACACACACACACACACACAGGACCUGGGGAGCAGGACUUUCCCCUCUCCAACCUCUGUCCUCCAGGCCUGGAUUUUUUUCUUUUUCUUCUGACGCUGAAAUCAAGAGACUUUUGCUUAUUAUGGGACAAUCUUAUGUGAUGUGUUUUCUGUUUGGACACUUCAUUAUUUAACUUAAGACUUUUUUUUUUUUUUUUUUUUAAUUUGUGGGUCCUUUCUGGAAAUGGAAGGCGCGCUAUAUUCCCGACAGUGGGAGGGAAAAACGAGAUUAUUGUCACAAGGAUUAUUCCUUCCCCCCCCCCCCACCCCUGUCCCUCUCCUUGUUGAAGUCUUCGCUUUUUUUGCGGAGGUGGGAACGUGAAUAGAAAAGACAACUUGGUUAGUUACUGUAAAAAGUUUAGUCUUGUCUUGUCAGAAUUGUUGGCACAUGAAGGACUGGACGUUGUUUUAAAAAAAAAAAAAAAAAAAAAAAAGUAAAGAAUGAAACCAUGUGAACUCUUAUCGGGAGUUUAUCUUGUAUAGUUGCAGGAAUUUGAAACUUCUGCAAAAGUGUAAUGUUGUACUUAAUUAUGCUGAAACUUUUUAUAAAAGUAAUGUAAAUUGUACCUUUUUUUUAUACAAAAUAAAUCAAAAACGCAA